GGUGUACCGCUUGAGAAUAAUAUUCUAACGUUGCUCGAUGAGAAAGACGAUUAUUUGGCCUGCGUGACGCAUGUCCUAACCAUGUCGAUCGAUUCAACCUGAUAUUUCAUCUGCUUCCCUCAAUGUGCAGUGUUAGGCGAAUUCAUGUAAUCUUGUAGAAUUUCUAAUCGGUGGGCACCGAAUUUCAGUCAUUACCAAUUGUCCAGUCGAAGUAUUCACUACAGUCUUAAAGGUGGUCAAUCACAAACCUCUAUAGGACUGUGGAAACCUCCCUGGAUGCAACACUGAGUGACCUGGGUUCGAGUCUCAAAGAGGAUAGAAGCUCCUUCAGAAUUACAGAUACGUCUUGCCGACAAGUGCCAACAAGCAUGAAACCAAUCCAAGGUUCCUUUCCGAUCGCCUUCUACCAUCUGAUUGAAACAAUUGACAUUGCAUUUUGUAGUCGUAAGCCACCUACCAUUGUGGCCACAUUGCAAACUUGACUGGUCGAAAUAGUUAACCCACGGUGUGGAUGCAUACUGCUGACAAUGAUUGGUAUUCUGUUGAAAAAUGUCUAGUCCAUGUUUUGUUUCCCGUCCACUUCUUGCUGAUGUACAUGAAUCCUUAAAUACUCUACUCCAGUUUAUUAUCAAUUCAGCUCUGAAUCGUUCUAACAAUCAGUCUGUCUCAUCAUCAAGUAGCAGCAGCCAUAGCGCCAGUAAUAGCGGAUCGGCUAUGAAAACAGGUGGAGCUGGUUCAACUCAGUCUCAUUUACAAACGAAUAGACUUCCAGCACCCCGACGUAAGGCAGCAGCACCGACCUCUGCUGGCGGUGGCGGCGGCAGUGGUAGUCUAGUCUGUCCAUCUGUGAUGACAACAGACAACAUUCCAACGUUGAACAGUAAUAAUUUCUUAAACAAUUUCUCCCUACCAAUGGAACAUCCACCUAUGGAACUUUCAUUUGUCAAUGAACCCAUUAAAAUCCAGUUGAGUAAAGAAGCCGAAGCCGAGGCGAAUACGUUCUUUCAAAAGCUAUUGGAAGGCAUUAGUCCACCAGAUGAAAUGUUCAAAACGCUGUACGAUUUCGCUACUCAAGGUACACCGGCUCAACGAAAACUUUUAGAUGGAAUUCUACGUAUGCUAGCCGAUGAAGUCUCUCGACAUUUACAAGAUUAUCCUGAAGUUAUGCUACCGUUGAUCGCUGAUUUGUACGGUAGUGUUCUUGCAGCUAGUACUCAUCUCUUUUCAAUGCGUGCACUUUCAAUGCUAUGGCGUUCUGUAUUAGCUCGAUUGUUUAUUCUGCCACCUGAGACACACAUGGAUGCACCAUUGUUUCGAGCAAUGGUACAUAUUCUUAUGAAAGCCAAAAAUACAUUUGUGCAUUUUUCAAAUCUUCCCAACUGUUUGGCCAGUUGUCCAGUCUUUAAACUGUUUCCACAUGACCUUCAAAGUUACAUUCUAAAUUCUGAAAUAGCCAUAAAGAAUUAUACAAUUUCACAACAGAAUGCUUCUUUAACUAAGAAUUUAACAACUACUGGAAGUAAUCCAUCGAAUCAACUUGUCAGUGGUAGUAGUAGUGGUGGUGCUGUUGCCGGUGUCGCUGGUAGUGGCAGCGGUGGUGGACAUUAUCAACAACACGCUGAAUCAUUGACCCCAUCGACUAGUUUAAAUUUAACCAUGUCAACGUCUACGACUACAAAUGACGUCUGUUUAAAAGCGCCUGAUGCACCAGAAGAAAGUAUUUCUGAUCGUAUCUACUUUUUAUUCAAUAAUGUAUCAAAGGUGAAUGCUAAAGAGAAAUCAAAUGAAUUAGCAAGUCUGCUAUCUGAGGAUCGAUUAAUCCCAUGGUUUGCAUUUUAUCUUGUGAGUAAACGUAUCCCUGUUGAACAAACAUUCCAUGAUCUGUUUGCAAUAGUUCUUGAUCAUAUACAAGAACGUGUACCAAAUGUGCGACCAAAGGUGAUGUUUGAACUUAUCCGACAUAUCAAGUUUCUGUUACGCAAUAUGCGUCUCGAUAAAGAUGAUAUGCAAGCCCGUAGUACAUUGAAAAAUUUUGGCAGUUUUCUUGGUCUUAUCACUCUGGCGCGUAAUAAACCAGUCCUGCAUGAUGAUUUAAACAUUAAAGAUCUUAUCUAUGAAGCGUAUUAUAAAGGUCCUAUACCUACACAGUAUGUAGUACCAUUUGUUGCGCGUGUUGUUCGUGGAGCUACUGAAAGUUUAGUCUUUCGUCCGCCUAAUCCAUGGACUAUGGCAAUACUCAAGGUGUUACGUGAAUUAUACGAUAUGGAUAAUGUGAAAGAUUGUCUACGAUUCGAAAUCGAAAUCCUCUAUCGAGCUUUUGACUUAAAUCUGAAUGAAAUACCCUCAGCACAUUUCCUGCGGGAUCCAACGCAUUCCUCAAAUCUAGACAUAGAACUUUGCUUUAUUGCUACAACGACAACAACAACAGGGACAAGUGUAACUACUACAGGUCAAAUUGUUAUCGCAACGACGACUACCUCUGGAAUAACUAGUCUUGAUACAUCAUCAAUUUAUUCUGGUAUUAGUUCUUCGACAGCCGCAGGAGAGUUGUCUGUAGCAGCUAUGACUCUACCAACAACAACAUUCUCAACUGGACCAUCUGUCUCAAGUUUAUCGUCCUCAUCAUCACAACAACACCAGCAACAGCAACAAAAACAACAACAAGUCUCCAGUCUGUAUUCCUUAGUUCAAAAACAACAAGUUUCUACAAUGGAGUCUUUAUCGUCGGCACAACAACAUCAACAACAACAACAAUCUGCUUAUUCGGUAGGUUCAAUGGCUGCUGGUUUAGAUAUUGCCAAUUUAGUUCAAAACUCUACCGGUUCCGGUGCAAAUCCUAACCGUCAGACAGCAGCAGCAUUCGCUGCCGCUGUAGCCGCAAUCAAGAAACAGCAAUUCGGUGGUCCCCCGGGUACCUGUCCAUCAACCUCAGUAUUGUCUAUGCAACAGCAUCAACAACAGUUGAAUGCUGCUAUGGCUGCAUUUCAGCAUACACCGGUGGCUGCUGCAGCAGCUGCGGUGGCGGCCGCGGCUGCACAACAACAACAGCAGCAAGCUCAACUAUCUCAUCAACAGUCGUCUGCAACACCACAAGGUGUCCUGCCUACUCACAAUAACUCUCUGCCUCAAUCCGUUGUUAACGGGCAGUCGUCGACAGCUACUACUGGCUCAUCAUUGAGUGGUGAUAUGGGCGUUGGUAGUGCUGGUGGCGGCGGUACCAUGUUCACUGGACAUUUAUUACGUUAUGAAGAUGUGAAUAUCCGUAGUAUUCGAGCCUGUUUGAAUUUGGAUGAACUGCUGACUAACGCAGCACUUGGUAGUCGAAAUAGUGGUACUAAUCCGAAUGCAAUUACUGCUGCAUUUGCGCUACUACAAGCAAAUCCUCGACUGCGUAGUUUAAUUGAACCUGCUGUUAUACGAGCCAUCAAUGAAUUGACUACCCCAGUAUUUGAACGAUGUGCACGUAUCACUGUGACUACAGUUGUAGCAAGUGUUCGUAAAGACUUCGCCCUAGAUCCAGAUCCUGGACGUAUGUUAUACGCUGCGUGUCAAAUGAUUCGACAUCUUGCUGCUGGAAUGUCAUUGAUUACUGCAAGAGAAGCUUUGGGAAUGUCAUUAGUGACUAGUUUAAAAAAUAUUCUUGCUGAAGUACAAUCGGCUACUGGUCAAGAGAAAGAAGCUGUUCAACAAUUGGCCUAUCUGGUCGUUGGUCGAAGUAUGCAUGUUUGCCUAGCAUAUAUGCAAAAGUCAGUUGCAGAGAAAGCUGUGAAAGAAGUUGAGAAAAAGUUAGAAGGUGAAAUUAAACUUCGUACUGAACUUGGUCCCAUACGCUUUAUGGAACAGGCUGUCAAUCAAUUGUCACCUCAACAAUCCUCUAUGCCUGAUUGUCUACGCCUUUCUACUGGUGGUCCAAAUGCAGUUGAAAUGGCUGUUUAUGAAGAAUUCGGUCGCAUUAUCCCAGGAUUUGCUUCAAGUCCACCUGGAACUAAUACAUCCACUUCAUCAUCACUUUUACCUCCUGCAACUUUAAAUUCACUUACACCGAAUCAACCACCAAUUUCUCCAUCUGCUGUAAAUUCAGCCGCUACUAUGGCUGCAUAUCUUCAGUUGUCUGCGACACAGAAACAACAGCUUUCUUCUGCUGGCCUACUUCAACGACAGGCGGUUGCUCCGACUGCUGCCGCUGCUGGUGUUGUAGGCAGUGCAUCUGGAGCGUUUGUGAAACCACCUUAUUCAUCAACUGUUGGAUCUCAACAGCAACAACAAUCAGCUCCUUAUCAGGCCCCAUUGGCAGGUUUAUUUGACAAGAUUAUUGGACAAAUUGAGCGUCAUUUAGUCGCUAUAUCUGGAAGAUUACGUCCUGCAAACGAUCCAAUGUGUCGAUCGCUACGUUGUCUAAUCGAUGCUAUCCACUUGGCCAAGUCUAGUCGUGAUACAAAUAUCGCCAGCAAUGUGAUUACUGUGAUGGUGCAAAGUUUUCUGGAACAUUAUCGACCAAGUUAUUGGCGUGACCAGCCUCGUGGCUUGGAGACAAUGGAACAUCUUAAAGAGGCUCAUAUGCUUACUCUACGGCAUUUGUUGUCCUUCGAACAAUCUCCAUUCGGUUAUGCAUGGGUUACGCGUCAAGUAACAUUUACAUGGAUUCAUCUAGAUGGUGGAAGCGGUAACCAGACUUCAAUACCUUUAUCAUCAUCAAAUACUGGUGGCGGUGUGCCAACCUCUGAUACCCUACAAAAUCAGGAGGGUGAUUUAAAAUCUACCAGUGAAAAGACUCAACUCGAUAUGACAGAUGCAGCUAAUUGGGCAAGCUCUGGUUGGAAACAGUUCACCGAGAACAAUGGUAUCAAUCCUGGUACCUAUGAGAAUCGUUUUGGUCCAAUUAAAUGGAAUUGGGAAGCAUUUGCUGAACUCUUAAGAGUUCAUGUUAUCUAUUUCUCUCAAAUUGAUGCCUAUCUCUCUCAAGAAGUAUCAAAAGGUCAUUCAGCAGCAAUUACCUUUGUCAUUGAUCUAUUAGAUCAUUUUAUUCUGCCUAGUCCAACUGGUACAUCAUUAGGUGCUGCUGCAGCAGCAGCUGCGAGUUAUGCUCGUGCUAACACCUCGUCGUCGUCAAACUCAAUCGAAUCCUAUCCUCUUGGUUUAAGGCUACGACUGGCGUGUGCACGUUUACGUGGUCUAUUGGACUUGGGACUUAUGGAACAAUCACCACUAUUCAAUGUUGGUGGUAGUGGUGCUGGUGGUCCAUCGGCGGCGUCGACUAUCAGUGCAUUGUAUGCUGGAUGCAGUCAAGCGCAUGAAUUCGAUGAUCCACCUAAUCUCCAAGAGAAAGUUGAACUGAUCAUGAGAAAUUGGAUUGAAAUCUACCAGAGUCCUAAACAACGUGAUCCAGCUACUAUUGAAGCUUUAAUAAGCCAACUGACACAAAUUGGUGUACUACCCAAUAUUCAUAAUUCUACUCGAUUUUUACGAUUAGCUACUAUAUUUGUGAUUGAAAGAGCCUUGAAACAGUUGAAAUUGCAAGAACAACAGCAACAACACCAAUAUCAACAACACGCUCAAAUACCUAACGGUAGUGCUGCUACUGGUAACGGUAGUACUGCCAACGGAGCAGCCAAUCCAGCUAUCAAUCGUGUUGCCGCCUACGUGGAGUUAGAUGCUUAUGCUCGUCUAGUCACUAUCAUUGUUAGUCAGUUAGACGAAACACCUCAAGGGGAAUAUCCUAAUGCUAAGGUUGCAUUGUUGAACAAAGUGUUGGGGCUAAUCGCUGGCACAUUACUUCAAGAGCAUGAAGUUCGUCGUGAUUUAUUUCACCCUAUGCCGUUUGAACGCCUGCUGGUUAUGUUGUUUGUGGAAUUACAAUCGCCAAGCGCAUUCCCAGCAAUACUUCCAUUCCCAAUCGGUAUUUCACCAAGAUCCGAUGAUGGUGGCAAUAUUCAUCAAAACAUUGAGACAGAUAAAAGCGAACAAAGCGAUAUUAGUGGUAGUGAUGCUCGAACUGCAGCCUCAUCGUUGAAGUCACUGGGUCCACUCACCCUUCAACAACAAUUACCUCUUAUCUUUUGUCAUUUGUUACACUGUUUACGACCGGAGAAAGCGACUGCAUUUGUAUUCUCAUGGCUUGAAAUGUUAGCGCAUCGUUGGUUUGUUGGACGUAUUCUCUGUGCUCCUGGGCCACCGAAACUUCGUGCUGCCUAUCAGGCAAUGUAUGCUCAAUUGUUAACUGAUUUACUAAAAUUUUUGGGUUAUUUCCUGCAGAAUGCUUUAAUGCCAAAACCGAUUCAGUGUUUAUACAAAGCAACUUUACGGUUGCUGUUGGUGUUAAUACAUGAUUUUCCUGACUUUGUCUCAGAUUAUUAUGCAUUGUUCUGUGAUGUUGUCCCGUCAAACUCUAUUCAAAUGCGUAAUAUUAUCUUGUCAGCUCUUCCGAAACGUGGCAUUCCGUCGGCUGAUCCUUUACAGGCUCCUCCAGUUGAUCACUUGGCAUCACUUGAAGAUCCUACUGGAUAUUGUAUGGAGGCUGGAUCUCGACUUCCAGAGCCAAUGCGAUGUGAAUUGGACGCCUAUCUUACUACACGAGCUCCUGUAAAAUUGUUGAGUGAAUUAGUCACUAUGCUGAGACGUGCUGAUGAUAUAAUGCCACCAUUACCACCGCCUCAAUUCGCCUAUCAUCCACAGCAACAGGCUAGACAUCAACAAGCUCUUGCAGCGUAUGCUGUAGCGCUGGCCGCCAAUGAUGUUGGCAGCUCAACAAACUCUAUGAAUAAAGGCGAAGAAGUGAAGUCCAGCGACGAUCAUUUCACAACGAAUCAAUCAGGCAACAAAACAGUUGGAAAGACUGGUACAUCAGAGUCGUGGGAAGCAAAUCCGUCUGACACUAGUGGUAGUAGUAGUAGUGAUACACUAACUAGUGGAGGAACUGGAUCGACAAGAUCUGCUACUGCCGCCUUGCCCAGUACUGUAAAUGGAAGUUCUAGUGCCGCUUUAGCUGCUCUACUAUGGGGUGUACGUGCUACACAACAAUUGGCAACAUUUGGUCUCGCUGAUGGCAUGCAUUAUAAUAUUGAAUUAAUGACAAAUUUAACGCUGUAUGUUUGUAUCACAGCGAUACGUAGUCUACGUGAGAAAGGAAUGCCUUUGAAUAUGAGCACUAUUGCACAUACUCCACAAAUGGAUAUUAUACAAAGUCUAGUUUUAAAUCUUGAUAAUGAAGGUCGUUAUCUCCUGCUGAAUUGUAUGGCAAAUCAACUUCGUUAUCCAAAUUCGCACACGUAUUACUUCAGUUAUACCAUAUUGUAUCUAUUCUCUGAACAAUCUAAGGAACAAGUAAAGGAACAAAUAAGUCGUGUUCUCAUGGAAAGAUUAAUUGUUAACCGGCCACAUCCAUGGGGAUUAUUAAUGACUAGUGCAGAAUUAUUGCGUAAUCCAGCUUAUCGGUUUUGGGAACAUGAAUUCGCUAGAUGUAAUCCAGAGAUUGAAGCAAUUGUGACAAUCGUUGCUCGUAGUUGUAUACCAAAUUUUCAAAUUCCUAAUGUUGUUGUAAAUUCGUCUCCUGAUGUCUGUACCACCUCCGGUGUUGUUUCAUCUGGAUUACGUUAUGCUCUGUCGUCGUCGUCAUCAGGUCCUGCUGCUGCUACUUCAACUGCUGAAGGUUCAAUGUGA